AUGGCAUCAUUUUUGGUGGAAGAAGAGGCUGUGGUGUGUUGCAAGCCCAGGCGCUGCAAUCAGUCUGUGGUGGAGACGCUGCCGCCCGGGAGGAAGCUGCUUCACAGUGUGAUACAAACAGCACCCAGUGACUGCAGGUACCAGAACAACUCCAUGCAGCUGUCGCAGACCAAAAGAGCCAAGAUGCCACAUGGGAGGCCAGAUUCGAUGGGCAGUUUUGAGGACGACUGCGAGAGGGAUUAUGAGAACAUCGAUCCCAAUCAGCCACCACCCCAGCCUCAGAUGCAGCCCCAGUGGCAAGCAAAGGCAGAGCCAGCUGUCUCCACCCCGAAGGCAGCAGAGCAGAGAGGCUGUGGGAGAAAAUCCUUGGGCAUCCUCUACGCCCUGGUGGGGGUGUCUCUGCUGGUGUCAACAGCUGCCUUCUUGCUCAUACUCCUGAAAUGGAUCCCGUGCUGCCCGCAUGGCUGGGAGGAGUUCCAGAAGAAAUGCUACUUUUUCUCCCUUGAAAAGGAGCCCUGGGAAAUGGCCAGGAACUCGUGCAGCACCCGCAGUGCAGAGCUAGUUGUCAUCAGCAACCCGUGGGAGCAGGCCUUCCUGACAGUGGGGAUCAAUUCUGUUCACCACUGGAUCGGCCUGAGCCACAAAGGCGCAGAAGGAAACUGGACGUGGGUGGAUGGCUCACAGGUAUCAUACAGAUCUUCAGGGAUCCCCAGUGUUAACACUCAACGCUGCGUCCAUCUCACAGGGGAUGCCAGAGGCAACUGGAGCAGCGCAGUUUGUGGGAAUCACUAUAACUUCAUUUGUGAAAGAGCCGGGCCCUUUUGUGUGUAAUUUUCACCUUUGAAAACAUUUUGCCGUUUUGAGGUUUAUUUUCUUUAAGCAGCCAAUAAAAGCCAACAGAGCCCUGGCCGCCUUCAUGGCUAGCUCACCUCGCUGAACGCGACCAGGCUGGGUCGGAGCUACUGAAUACGGUGAGAUCUAGAGGACUUUCAACUGUCAACCUCCCUCCUAGCUGAGCAAAACCCAAUGUCUAGCUGAGAGACUGCCAGACCUGGGUCCUGCUCAGAGCUCUGCACUUGCUGUGUGACCUGGCACAGGUCAUGUAAGAUCCAGGCCCGGUGCUGAGUACCACUGACUGCCACUAAAGUCAGAAGUGGUCAGCUCCUGGCACGAUGAGACCCACAAUCCCUCUGUUUCUCCCAUCGCUCUCCAGAGUCCCUCGUUCCCACUAGGUUUAGUUCCCAGGGUACUUCACUAAUUGGCUGUGCUAGCAUUUAAAUCUGAAGCCCAAAGGAGUCUGCUUAUGAGGUUACAGGGAGUUCUGUGCACUGAGGGCAGGGAUCCCCCAGCAGUUCCAGUUUCCUGCAGGAGUAUCAGGUUCAUGCGUCUCCCUAGCCAGUGGAGAGAACAUCUGUGUGAAUCUGGGUUCAGCUCACUGGGUGCUCAGAACUGUGCAGAAAUCCCUCUUCUACUGCAGUGAACAGUGCUCUAAUCCUGUCUGAUCCUGGACACCCCCUGCUCGCCCCUGCCAGUCCCCAAGUACCUCCUGCCAGGGGCUGCCCACAGCCAGCGGCACUAGACAAGAUGAGGCUUUUAUCCAUCAGUAAGUCACCCACCUGAAGUCACAUAGCAAGUCAGUGGAAGGAUUGGGACAAGAACCCAAGAAUCCAGACACCCAGCUCCCCUCUCCUCCUCCCCUACCCACUCUAAGUACUAGGCCUUGUAUACACUACAAAGUUUUGUCAGCAAAAGUUAUGCUGCUUUAAUUAAAAUUGCUGUUGCAUGUCCACACUAGCUCCUUGUGUCAGCAGAGUGCGUCCACACGAUCAGCUCUUGCAUCGACAAAGAGAGCAGAGCACCAUGGGUAGCUAUCCCACUGUGCAACUGGCCGCACAGUGCUUUGGGAAGGAUUUGCAAUGCCUCAUGGGGCAGGUACAGCAUCACAUGUUGCAGGUUUCUCAAUCUCAUCCUUCCGGGAGCAUCCUGGUAGAUUGUCAGCUGCUUUUUCGACUGAAGUGUGGGGGUGGGGGGGGAGGAGUGAUGUGUCUGGGGCGGAGGAGACAGCAGGCCUAUCUUGCAGCAGGGAGAGAGGGACACCUCCCCACACAUCAGCCCCCGGCUCUGCUCGGCACAGCAGUCACUCCCAAAGCAGCCUGCUCUGCCUGCCUAUGGUUCUGUGAUUCCCUCCGAGAGCGGCAUCCUGAGCAGCUGUGUGAGCUCUCCCUGCUGAGGAGUGUCAAAAUAGCGCAGCAAUUCCCCCUCCUGGCAGCAGCAGCCUGCCUGUGUUCCUAGUGCAGAGCAGAACAGGAGCAUUCCACAUGAAUUUGCUCUUUGUUCCCCAAAUGGGGCAGCACACUCAGCUGUCAGUAGGGAGACCAGACAGCAAGUGUGAAAAAUCGGGAGGGGGUGGGGGGUAAUAGGAGCCUAUAUAAGAAAAAGCCCCAAAUAUUGGGACUGUCCCUAUAAAAUCAGGACAUCUGGUCACCCUAGCUGUCAGGGGCUUUGAAAGGGCAGCUUUUGCCGACAAAACUUUGAAGUGUAGACAAGGCCUUAGACCCCACUCCCCUCCCAGCAUUGGGGAGAGAACCGAGGAGGCCUGACUCCACUCAAGCACACUGCCUCGCCUCUACAUCAUGCUGAGCAUGCCCCUGCCACAGCCUGUCUGUCUCUGGCCCUUUGCCUGCACGUGGAGGCCACCCCACCCCGGCAUCCCAGAAGGACAGUGUGUGAGACUCGAGCCAAUAUCUGGGGGAAGAAUCCAACAGCGGCGCUGUUAGAGGGAAUGGCCACACGGUGGCGCUGUUACUCUAGGAGUGGGGCAGAGGCAGCUGCAGAAUAUAUUCCCAGCUCCCCUCCGCAGGGCUACACCUGACACAGGUCUGAACAUCCAGGGGCUCCCUGAUCCCCAGCGUCUUCAGAAUGACCAUUCUCCCAGCCCGUUGCUUUGCCCCCUCUUCGCAUCCCUCCACUGCACCCCCCUUCCUCAUACCAAACACCAGCUGCUCCUCUUUGCCCUCAGCUAGAGCAAGGGGAAAUUCUCCAGCUGAAUCUUUUUUUCUGGAAAAAACCAAAGAUCCGGUGACUGGGCGAAUUUGAGUCCUUACACUGAAUUGUUGGAUUUGGGAGGGGGGCGGGGAAUAGGCAAAAGUUUAAACAUUGAUCGUUGCAGUUGGA